CAGGUACCGGAUUGUCUGGCUCGACAGCGGGCAUCGGGUCACCAGGUAUGACAGCGGGCACUGGGUCACCAGGCAUCAGGUCAGUUGGCUUGCCAGCGGGCUCCGCGUCAUCUGGCAAGGCAGUGGGCAUCGGGUCACCAGGCAUUGGAUCGUCUGGCUCGACAGCGGGCAUUGGGUCACCAGGUAUGAGAGCGGGCACUGGGUCACCAGGCAUCAGGUCAUUUGGCUUGCCAGCGGGCACCGCGUCAUCUGGCAAGGCAGUGGGCACCGGGUCACCAGGCAUUGGAUCGUCUGGCUCGACAGCGGGCAUCGGGGUCACCAGGCAUCAGGUCAUUUGGCUCGCCAGCGGGCACCGCGUCAUCUGGCAAGGCAGUGGGCACCGGGUCACCAGGUACGACAGCAGGGCUCUGAGUCAAUUGGCACGACAGCGGGCACCGGAUCAGGUACCGGAUCAUCUGGAUCAACAGCGGGCAUCGAGUCAACUG